AUGCCAGAAAAUGAGAAGUUUGCAGAAUUUUGUUCGGAUAUGAAAGUAAUUUUUCAGGAAUUCCAAUCAAAACAAGACACAAAAUAUGAUAAUCUGGUUAAAGCUAUUGAAGCAUUAACCAUACAAAAUGAAAAAUUAAUUGAAAGCAAUGGGGAGAUAGAAAAAAUCCUACAGCAAAAUAUUGAUCAACAGAAUUUGGCCCGGAGGAACCAGCUGAGGAACGUUUUGGAAGUGAGACAUGUACCUAGAGAAGAAAAGGAAGACUUAAAUAAGAUCGUUACUAAGCUGAUGAGGACUGUGGAUAGUGAAGCAAACAUGGAACAUGUCAGGCAAGUAUAUCGUGCAGGAAAAGCAAAUGCUCCGAUUGUUAUUGAAUUUGAAAACUUCAACCAUAAAAUACAGCUACUAAAGUCGGUGAUAUCAUAUAACAAAACUAAUAAGGACAGGAAAUUGAAUAGCAAAAAUUUGAGCAUUGAAUCUUCUAUAACCCAUGUUUAUGUUUCUGAUAAGCUGACUCCUAAAACUAAAAUGCUACUUAAUGCAGCCAAACAACUCGUCAAGGAUGGUUCAUUUAAGUACUGUUGGGCCUCAAAAGGAAUUGUGUUGUUGAGAAAAAGUGAAGAUGAAACUCCGAUACGUAUUGAAAAGCCUAAAGAUUUGGAAAAGUUUCAAUGGAAACUACUUCCAAAGCAUACUUGCACAAGGACGUCCAAAAGUUCACAUAGUACAGCACCUUACUCACAGAGGGCAUCACAGAGCUUAAGCAUACAAUACGGCCUAAAGUUAACAGAGGGCGCCACUAUGUCGGAAAUAGAAAAACUUUUAAAAGAACUAAGAUUAGAUAUUAAAAGAGACACUGAAGAAUCACUGCUGAAUUUAGAGACCAGCAUCACGAGCAAAAUAAAUGAUAAAAUAGACCAAAAUUUUAACUUCUUACAAAGGGAACUUGAACAAAUUAAGGAAACUAACUCCAAACAUGACAAAAGAAUUAGUGCCAUAGAAAAAAUUAGGCAAAGGAAUGUCAUAUUCUUUAGGGUACAAGAACGUGAAAAAUCAUAUCAGGAGUUGGAAGGAACCGUGUUACAAACUAUUAAAGACGAGCUUAAGCUGGAAUGUGACAGAAAAGAAUUAGAGACGGUCCAGAGAGUGGGAAAAUACUUAAAAGACAAAGUGAGACCUAUCGUCGUAACAUUUACAACGUACGGCAGGAAGAUUACAAUUUUGAAAAACAAGAAAUAUAUACAAACGAAAACUAUUUAUAUGAAAGAAGAUUUCCCACCUCAAAUCCUAGAAACGUGUAAAGAGUUACAAGAACAAUUAAAAAAGAGAAGGAAGCCGGAAAAAUAG